AUGAGUUCUAAGAAUGCAAAAACUCGCCAUUGUGAAGAAUUAACAUCAAUAAUUGACGAAAAGAUAAUUAUUGAAUUCAUUCGCCAAGAACACACCAACCUAAUGAUGAAGGAGAUGGACGCGGACGGAACUUUUGUCGCUCCUGGAACAGAUGAACUAUGCUUCGACCACAACCGUGUAAUUCUUAAGGAAGAUAAGGAAUCCAGCGAUAAGAUAAAUGCAAGCUACAUCGCCGGCUUCAAGCAACCCAAGGCAUAUAUUGUAACAAAGACUCCGGAUGCAGAGGCGGCAAUCCAUAAGUUUUGGAAAAUGGUCUGGGAACAACAAUCUGAGGUCAUUGUCAUGCUGAAUAAACCUGAUCAAAACGAGAAGGGUCUAAUUUAUUGGAAAUUGGAAGAACGGUCGACGCUCUAUUGUGAGAAGCUCAGCGUAGAGACAAUUAAAGUUUGGUAUUUACAUCAAAGUUUCGAGAUUACAACACUACUUGUCACGCAUGAAGAUGGGGGUUCGCUACUGGUUGACCACUUCUUAUACAAGAACUGGUCAAAAGUUGAUUCGGUGCCCUCAGGCGCCGAUUUCAUUAAUUUAGUCAUGAAAACAAGACUGAAAAAUAAAUAUGCGCCAGCGCAAAAGCUUCCCAACGACUACAAGACUCCAGUAGUAGUCCAUUGCAGUGAUGGGCUAAAUCGAUCAAUUGUCUUCUGUGCAAUCGACAUAUCGAUAACUAGAGAUCAGAAAAUUGGUGAUGUAAACAUAUUCUCUAUCAUGUCACAACUAAGAAAACAAAGAUACGAUUGCCUGCACUAUGUUGAUCAUUAUGUUUUCUGCUAUUCAGCAUUUUGUGAAUAUUUGAAUUUUUUUACGUAA